AUGCGGCUGAAAAGCGUGGAGGCUCCAAAGAUGACGAGUCCAGCUCUUCGCGCCGCUCGCGGUCGCCCCGGUCGCGCCGGAACGGGCGGCAUCGGACCCGCCAUGGGCGGCGGCACGAUCGAGGACGUACCCGACGCAAAGGUCGUUUGCGGAGGCCGGACAUCUACAUCCAGGUCUGGGAUCCCAACCAGGAAGACGGCGAUCAAGGGGGCCGAACGAGCAGUGGCAGCCUUCACCAAAGAGCUGGAGGAGCUCAAAGGAAUCUCCGAUGACAGUGAGCCCGUCGAGCACUCUGAGCAACCAAACCAGGACCUGCAGCUCUCCCGUUGGAGGGCGGAGGUGGAGGCGGAGCGCGCGGCGCAGGUGUCGGAGGCCGAACGCAAGUUGCAGGAAGAAAAGGCCGCGCGGUUAAAGGAGGCUGAGGAGAAACUAGACCAGGCCAUCGCGGAGCGCCUCCAGGAAGCCGAGGAGAAGCUGCGUGCGGAGGUCCACAGUCGCCUGGACGAUGCGCAGAGACAUGCAGAGGCCAAAGUGAAGAUGUUCAUGGAGGAUGUUUGCCCCAAGAUCGAGUCGUCCUGGGCCGAGCAAAUGAAAGGGCUUGCGCUGAAAGCGCGUGAUGCUCGUGCUGCAGUGCUGCACCUUGCACAAGAAGCAGGCUGA